AUGUUGUCGAUUGCAAUCAAAUUCAAAAAAGUGUUUUCGAGACUCAAAGAGCGAGAAUCUCAUUAUGAAUGUUGUCCAAGUCAUGAAGAUUGGAAAAAAGUGGAGAAAGUUUGUGAGAUUUUAGAAGUUUUUAAUUCAGCCACUAAAAUCAUCUCUGGAAGUGAUUAUCCAACUUCAAACCUGUUUCUGAAUGAAGUUUAUCGUGUGAAAAUGUUGUUGGAUAAAAGGAUGAAUGAUGAAAAUGAAUUUGUUCAAGCAAUGGUUCGUAAGAUGAAGAGUAAAUUUGAUAAGUAUUGGGGAGAAUGUAAUUUGUUGAUGUCUAUAGCAGCAAUCUUGGAUCCAAGGUGCAAAAUGAGGGUGAUUGAGUUUUGCUUUCCUCGAAUGUACCCUGAUAGAGAAGCAAGAAAAAAUAUUGCUAAAAAAAAUAUUGCUAAAGUUCGAGAUGCCCUUUAUGAGAUUUAUGAUGAAUAUGCUCGUGAGUAUCAAUUUGGCAAUGAGCAUAGUGCUGAAACUCAAGUGCAUGAUAAUGGUAUUAGAGGUAUGAAUAUAGAAGCUUCUUCUUCUGGUUGGUUUGAAUUUGCAAAUUAUGUAAAAUCAGUUGAAACUACUCAACCACAACAAUGUGAUUUAGAUGUCUACCUAGCUGAAGGCUGUUUUAUCUGUGAAGGAGAUUCCACUAAGUUUCAUGCUUUGGAAUGGUGGAAAACGAGCACUUUGAAGUAUCGUAUUUUAUCCAAGAUGGCUCGGGAUAUACUUGCUAUUCCUAUCACUACAGUGGCUUCAGAAGCUAUCUUUAGUGCAGGAGGUAGAGUUAUUGAUACUUAUCGUACUUCUUUAUCUCCUGACACAGUGCAAGCAUUACUUUAUGGAGGAGAUUGGUGUCGGAAUCUUCAUGGAGUGAAGAAGAAGAACAAAAAAGAGAAGAAAUCAAUUGAGAUUGCACUCAAAAUCCCCUAA